AUGGCCAACAGAUUAAGCAAGAGAGACAUCUUUACAGUAGUGCAUCUUCCUAGCAAAGAACAAGAUUCUAUUCCUUCUUAUUCUGAGCCAGUGUAUAUCCCAACAGGCCUAGAGACAGAGCCCGUUUAUCCAAACUCCCAGGAAGAUGCAGUGGUUUAUCUAGCUGAAGAUGCUUACAAAGAGCCCUGUUUUGUGUAUUCCCGAGUUGGGGGCAACCGAACACCCCUGAAGCAGCCUGUGGAUAAUCGUGACAACACUUUGAUGUUUGAAGCAAGGUUUGAGAGUGGUAAUCUACAGAAGGUAGUCAAAGUGGCAGAGUACGAAUACCAGUUGACAGUGCGGCCUGACCUCUUCACAAAUAAACACACCCAGUGGUACUAUUUCCAAGUCACUAAUACCCAAGCAGGAAUCGUCUACAGAUUCACCAUUACCAAUUUCACCAAGCCUGCUAGUCUGUACAACCGGGGUAUGCGCCCGCUGUUUUAUUCUGAAAAAGAGGCCAGGACCCGCGAUAUUGGCUGGCAGAGAAUAGGAGACCACAUCAAGUAUUACAGGAACAACCCUGGGCACGACGGGCGUCAUUACUUCUCCCUCACAUGGACAUUUCAGUUUCCGCACAGCAAGGACACCUGCUACUUUGCUCACUGCUACCCGUACACUUACACCAACCUGCAAGAAUACCUCUCUAGCAUCAAUAACGACCCCGUCCGGUCCAAGUUCUGCAAAAUACGCGUCUUGUGCCACACAAUCGCUAGGAACAUGGUUUACAUUUUGACGAUCACAACCCCCUUGAAGAACGCUGAUGCGCAGAAACGAAAGGCGGUGAUUCUGACUGCGAGGGUGCACCCAGGAGAGACCAACAGCUCCUGGAUCAUGAAAGGCUUCCUGGAUUUUAUUUUAGGGGACUCGCGCGACGCGCAGUUGCUUCGGGACACUUUCAUCUUCAAGGUGGUGCCCAUGCUGAACCCAGAUGGUGUGAUUGUAGGAAAUUACCGCUGCUCGUUAGCUGGCCAGGAUUUAAACCGUAACUAUACCUCCCUGCUGAAGGAGUCAUUCCCUUCUGUUUGGUACACCCGGAACAUGAUCCAUAGAUUGAUGGAAAAGCGAGAGGUCAUUUUAUAUUGUGACCUUCAUGGCCAUAGCAGGAAGGAGAACAUCUUCAUGUAUGGCUGUGGCGGGAGUGAUAAGUGUAAAGCAUUAUACUUACAGCAACGAAUCUUCCCACUUAUGAUGAGCAAAAAUUGUCCAGAUAAAUUUUCAUUCUCAGCUUGCAAGUUUAACGUUCAGAAGAGCAAAGAAGGAACGGGAAGGGUGGUAAUGUGGAAAAUGGGAAUCAGGAACAGCUUUACCAUGGAGGCCACUUUUUGUGGAUCUACUCUGGGUAAUAAACGAGGCACUCAUUUCAACACAAAAGACUUGGAGUCGAUGGGAUAUCAUUUUUGUGAUUCUCUCUUGGACUAUUGUGAUCCAGACCGAACUAAGUAUUAUCAGUGCCUAAAAGAAUUAGAAGAAAUGCAAAAACAUAUAAACUUGGAAAAAGUCCUUGAUGAUUCAGAUACUUCUAUGAAAGAAGUUACAUUGGAGUCUAGUAGCCGAGGCUCUGACAGUUCAGAAUCAGACUCUCAGACUUAUCUUGUCAAGUUAACUUCUCAGAUAAAAAGCAAGAAAAAACAUCUGAAAACAAAAAAGGAAAGAAAUUCUGCCCUAGCCAGCCAUCAAAAUGCCAGAGAAGAGCAAGGGGUUUGUGAUAAGGGACAUUUGGUGCAGAGACACAAAGAAUCAAGUUCUGAUGUGAAAGAUACAAGGCCAAGUGUAUCAAAUAAUCGUAUAUUUGAAUAUUUCAGAAGACAGUUUCCUAAUCAAGUGAAAAUGCCUAGACCAGUCCCUUCCUGGCUUCUAAAAAGAUACUUGCGCUCCCAAAGUAUGACUGAGAGGCUUAGCGAAGACCAACAAAGACAUUUUUUAGAAACCGGUAAGAGACCAAUCCAGGAAAGAAUUCAGCCCAAGAGCCCUGAUUUGUAUGGAGACUGCUUCAAAGUGACGCCCUUGAAGUGUGCCCUGAGCAAACAAGCUCCCAGUUGGACUGAGAAGAAAAGGACACCAACAGAAGAUCUGCGUAACAACCUAAAAAGCAAAAUGAAACAAUCUACAUCUUUCCAAAGCAAGAAGACUGGUGUAAAUUGGACAGAUGAUGAAAAAAGAAUCUACAGGGAUAAAAGAAUAGCUCAGACUGAAGAGAUACUGCAGUAUUUGAUUCCUAUCAUGGAUAGCACUAAAAAUAUGCAAACCACUCAGAUAAAACAGAUGUUCAAUCCAAGAACCGACUUCCAAAUCCAGCAGCAACUAAACCCAGCUACUUAUAUAAACAUAAAGAGAUACAGUGCAUCUUGGGCACCACCCAGACAUCUCCCUUUUAUAAGCCAAAGGCACCUUAUGUCAAGCUCUCCAGAAUUGCUCCAGUCUGUGUCCCAGAGGUCAUGUGAAAGCCUGUCACCUCUCAAAGGGCACAAGAAAAGGAAAACACGCUCUCAAAUCAAAGCCAUGAAGACUAAAGACAUGAAACCUGUCAGCAGCGAAUGGGAAGUUGCUUCCUCAAGUUUUGCGAAGGAUGCAAAUAUUAUCAAAGGCAAGAGUCUUCAAGCUGAGGAAUCCAACCAGCAGAGCUCCGUGCAGACAGCCCUCCCCCAUCUGACUCAAAAUGAGGAUGAGCAACGAAAUUAGAAUGAUGGACCACCCGCCUUCCAUUUGCAGUUCCAGAGGCAGAAAUAAUCUAGCUCUUUGCUGCUCUGAAAACUGUGGAUGAAAGAUGACAUGCUCACCUAUUAAAAAGGAGAGAGAAAAGCCCUCCCCACCCCUCUGUCACUGUUCCUCUCCCUACACAUGCAUAUGCAUAUACUACACUACCAAUCCUAGGUAUCCCAUCUUCUUUAGUGGGAACAUCUUUCAGACAUAUAAAAAGAAAUCUGGAGCCCUGGCCAGUGUGGUGCAGUGGUUUGUGUUGGCCCAUGCACUGAAGGGUCGCAGGUUCGAUUCCCAGUAAAGGGCACGUACCUGGGUUGCAGGUUAGACCCCUAACCCCAGUUGGGCCGCAUGCGGGAGGCAACCAAUCCAUAUGUCUCUCUUACAUCUGUCUCUCUCUCUCUCUAAAA